AUGGUUGCGAUGUUGAAAUUACGAGUUAUCUCUAACGAACAGGAAGCAUCUCCCACAAAAGAUAUUUUGCCAUCCUCAGCUUGUUCAGAAUUACCCGUAAUUUCUCAGCCAGAGACUGGCUCACGCCAAUCAUCUGCUUCAACUAUUGAAACUUACUCUGAUAAAGAAAAUGAUAUAGGUUCCGUGGAAACGAAUUUUAACAAUACCCCAUCCAAAAAUAUAAUGUCACGUGCAUUGAUCCGACUCUAUCCGACACAUCCGCACGUACAAUAUCAGAAUUACAUUCAAUUAGAGUUACGAGAAAUUGGUUCGAUGGCUACUUGGUCACUAUCGAGUUGGAAACCAGGUAAUGGAGUAGAAAAUUUGCGUGACGAAAAUAAUAUGACUUAUUGGCAAUCAGAUGGUACCCAACCACAUCUUAUCAAUAUUCAAUUCCCCAAGAAAGUCUAUGUGACGCAAAUCUCUUUGUAUGUUGAUUACAAAAACGAUGAAAGUUAUACACCAAAUAAAAUUACCAUUAAGGCUGGAACAACAUUUAGUGAUCUGCAGGAUCUUCGCACUGUUGAACUAUCGGAACCGUCUAAUUGGGUGGAUAUUCAACUUAGCGGUGAUUCAACAUUAAGUCGAAGGAGUAGGCCAGUCGGUGCAUAUCUUUUCCAAGUAAUGAUAAAGUCAAAUCAUCAGAACGGUAAAGAUACUCAUAUUCGGCAGGUCAAAGUGUUUGCUCCAAAAUUACCUACAUUUCCCGAUGACGAUUCAGAUGACGAGAUUCCAUUCUCAACACCCGAAUUUGAGUUUUAUGCUACGAUACGGUGA